AUGGCCAGUAACCUGCAAAGAUCACUCAGAGGGCCGAGUACUCCACCUCCUGUCAAAGAGCCUUUCCUGCAGAUGGUCCAGGCCCACGAGUCCCUGCCGAUCUCCCAAACGUGGGCUCAGCGUGAGUUCUUCUGUCCCGGUGAGUCCUGGGAGUUUCCUGGCUUCCGCCCGCAAGCCUACCACCAGCUGGCCCUGAAGCCGCCGCCCUGCACAGAAAUGAAGUCCAAGGUGCGGCAUCGGCUAAUCCACCCUUGGAAGGACGCAGCCCAGCAUACCUGGGGCUUUCACACGUGGCUCGACGUGGGGCGUUUGCCCGCUGCCUUCCCCCUGAGGCCCAACCAGCCCUACGACAGCAAUGUCUGGCGCUGGCUGAUCAAUUCCAAUGCCCACCGCCAGCCCCCAGCCGAGCCCCCCAUCCCCCCUCCCUCCCGGAUGGGGCGAAGCAACUUCCUGGCCUUCAUCCAUUGUACUCCCAUCUUUGUGGACAUGAAUAGGAAGAAGCAGGUGAUUUUCAGGGUGAUGAAGGAGCUGAAGGAGGUGGAGAAGCUCAAGCUGAGGAGCGAAGCAAGGGCACCUCCACUCGAUGCCCACGGCAACAUCCUGCCCCCAGAGAACUUCAAGAAGUACCGACACAUAUCUGCUGGUGGGAGGUUUGAACCCCAGGGCCUCCAGCUCAUGCCCAACCCACGUCCCAAUAAUUUCGCUAGGAGCUGGCCCUGCCCAAACCCUCUGCCUCACUACCAGGAGAAGGUGCUGAGGCUGGCCUCACUGCCCAGUGCGCCCCUGAGCCAGGACCUCAUAAGGGAUUACCAAACCCUGAUAGAAGACCGGGUUGCCUUGCCCCUCCACCAUCUUUCCAAGGCACAAACUGGCAAGACUUUGGCAAAGAAGAGAAAGAGAAGACCUGGACACACCUAGAAGAGCCUCUGAAUGGGUGGCAGCCACGGUGGGCACCCAGACCCCCAAGCGCCAGCGUUCUCAGUUAGUGCUCCCUCAGCAGGAAGCCCGUGGGGGGCAGAAGGACCCUGCCUCUUGAGAACAGUCAGUCCAUCAUCACCCCAACCUCAA